AUGAGUGACUCCGGCGACAUCAGCGACAUGGAUGACAUUGACGUGUAUCAAAUUCAUGCCGGGGAUGGUGAUGGCGCCGGUAUUCUUUUCGAUUUCAACGGUCAGCGGAUCUACCUAUCUGUUCUCCCAAGUUCUUCCUCUCGACUCGAUCGUCGAGACCAGUGCAAUAGCGAACUCCUCGAAGAUCGCAUUAUUCAUCUUCUUGGUCGAGUCACCAUUACAGAGGACAUGGAGGAAUAUGAAGCGAUUCUAGAUGAGGUUCUCGAGCUUAUUCUCGAGGCCGGGAGAGCCACUUUGAGAGAAGCCGCCUCUCGCAACGCAUCAGCAUGCGAGCCAAAUGAACAAGACUUGCACUCUCUCCUAUAUCCCCUGACGAUCACUCUCGGUCUCAAGACUAUUAGCGGCAAGGCCUCAAUAGAUCCCAUCCCCGCCAGCGAAACCUAUACGGACCUCGAGCCCACUCGCGACCGCGGCAUGGAACAGGAUUUUGAUAUUGACACCAGUCUACCUCAAUACUCGCCCAAGGACGUCAUUGUCUUGGAGACCUUUGUACGCGGCUCGGGCAGCACAGUUAGCCAAGUGUUGGCCGAAGGGCGAGAGAUGAUUUGCAGAGCGCAGAAGGACGGAUUGCUUGACCCAACACUGGAGAAUGAACUGGUGGCCCUUCAAAAAAUACGUGAUGCUUGUCAGUCAGGCCAGAGCCGUUCGCCAAUGCAUGUCCCACAGCUCCUGGGCUAUGUGAGGCAUGACGGAACGGGCAACAUCAUAGGCAUGUUGCGUGACUGGGUCUCGGGACGGAGCCUGAGCAAGAUUGACCUCGCGGCGACAGCGGCAGAGAGGAGGCAGAAGUGGGCGUUGCAGAUCCGCCAGACAGUUGAACAACUGCACGGCAUCGACGUGGUCUGGGGUGACGGAAAAGCGAGCAACGUUAUUGUCGACGAUGAGGAUCAAACUUGGCUGAUUGACUUUGGGGGCGGGUGGACAGAAGGUUGGGUGGAUGAGGGAUUGGCGGGUACUGUGGACGGCGAUGAGCAGGCUGUCCAGAAGAUCCUGGACUUUUUGGGUGUCGACAAGGGCAGGCGGGUUUCUAUGCCUACCAUGACAUGUCUCUGA